AUGAGUGAUGACGAGGCAGCGGUGCCCGGAAACAAGCCGAUUCGGCUACCAAAAAAAGCAGCGAAAGUAAAAAAUAAGGCGCCAGCGCCACUUCAAAUCACCGCUGAGCAACUUCUUCGUGAAGCCAAAGAACGAGAGCUCGAACUCAUCCCGCCAGCACCAAAAACAAAAAUCACAGAUCCAGAUGAACUGAAAGAAUAUCAGCGAAAAAAGAGAAAGGAGUUUGAAGAUGGAAUUCGUAAGAAUCGAAUGCAACUGGCAAAUUGGAUAAAAUACGGAAAAUGGGAAGAGUCAAUUGGAGAAGUUCAACGAGCGAGAUCAGUUUUUGAAAGAGCUUUGGAUGUUGACCAUCGUUCAAUCAGUAUUUGGCUUCAGUAUGCUGAGAUGGAGAUGCGGUGUAAACAAAUCAAUCACGCCAGAAACGUGUUCGACAGAGCUAUCACUAUCAUGCCGAGAGCUAUGCAGUUCUGGUUGAAGUAUUCUUACAUGGAGGAGGUCAUUGAAAACAUUCCGGGAGCCCGACAGAUUUUCGAGAGAUGGAUUGAGUGGGAGCCACCAGAGCAAGCUUGGCAGACUUACAUUAAUUUCGAACUCCGAUACAAAGAAAUCGAUCGGGCUCGUUCGGUUUAUCAACGGUUUUUGCAUGUUCACGGAACAAAUGUACAAAAUUGGAUCAAGUAUGCCAAGUUUGAAGAACGAAAUGGGUACAUUGGAAACGCCAGAGCCGCAUAUGAACGAGCAAUGGAAUACUUUGGGGAAGAAGAUAUCAAUGAGACCGUACUCGUUGCUUUCGCUCUGUUCGAAGAACGACAGAAAGAACAUGAGAGAGCUCGAGCCAUUUUCAAAUACGGUUUAGAUAACCUUCCAUCUACUCGAACUGAAGAAAUCUUCAAGCACUACACACAACAUGAAAAGAAGUUCGGAGAACGUGUGGGAAUCGAAGAUGUGAUUAUCAGCAAAAGAAAGACACAGUACGAGAAAAUGGUUGAAGAGAAUGGAUAUAAUUAUGAUGCAUGGUUCGAUUACUUGAGGUUAUUAGAGAAUGAGGAAACAGAUCGUGAAGAGAUUGAAGAUGUCUAUGAAAGAGCGAUUGCUAAUGUUCCCCCACAUUCCGAAAAACGCUACUGGAGAAGGUACAUUUACCUUUGGAUCAACUACGCUCUCUACGAAGAAUUAGUGGCUAAAGAUUUUGAAAGAGCUCGUCAAGUGUACAAAGCUUGUCUAGAAAUCAUUCCACACAAAGCUUUCACUUUUGCAAAAGUCUGGAUUUUGUUUGCCCAUUUUGAAAUUCGCCAAUUGGAUUUAGCAGCAGCCAGAAAGAUUUUGGGUGUUUCCAUCGGAAAAUGUCCAAAAGACAAACUGUUCCGUGCCUAUAUCGAUCUGGAAUUGCAAUUGCGUGAAUUCGAUCGUUGCCGGAAGUUGUAUGAGAAAUUCCUUGAAAGUUCACCCGAAAGUUCACAAACGUGGAUCAAAUUCGCUGAACUUGAAAGUCUUCUCGGUGACACAGAUCGUGCUCGGGCUGUUUUCACUAUUGCUGUUCAACAACCUGCUCUUGACAUGCCGGAACUGCUGUGGAAAGCAUACAUUGACUUUGAAAUUGCAUCAGAAGAGCACGAGAGAGCUCGGGACUUGUAUGAAACUUUACUACAGAGAACCAAUCACAUCAAAGUUUGGACUUCGAUGGCUGAAUUCGAACAGACGAUCGGAAACUUUGAAGGAGCAAGAAAAGUAUACGAGAAGGCAAAUCAAUCUCUUGAAAAUGCUGAAAAAGAGGAGCGAUUGAUGCUGUUGGAAGCAUGGAAGGAGUGUGAGACAAAGAGUGGCGAUGAGGAAGCACUGAAGAGAGUUGAAAUGAUGAUGCCACGUAAAGUCAAGAAACGACGUCAAAUUCAAACAGAAGACGGAGUGGAUGCUGGUUGGGAAGAGUAUUUUGAUUACAUUUUCCCACAAGAUCAAGCCGCAAAAGGAAGUUUCAAACUUCUUGAAGCAGCAGCCAGAUGGAAGAAGCAGAGGGAAGAGGCUGCUCGUGCUGCUCAAGAAGAACUUGACAAUCCAGUACCAGCGAAAGACGAAGAAGAAGAUAACGAAGAGCAAAAAGAAGAAAAAGUCAGAGAUGGAGACAGUGACACCGAUUUGUCCUCAGAGACCAGUAGUAGCAGUGACAGUGAUUCGUCGUCUUCGUCUUCAGAUUCCGAUGAUUCUGAUGACGAGAAGUAA